AUGUUCAAAACUUUGCUCUUCCUUGUGCUAUUAAUUAGUAAUUCAUAUUGUGACGAUGAAGUAGACGUUGAUCUUCUUUCUGAGUUGGAAAAAUAUAGUCAAAUAGAAUCUGAUCCAAUAGGUAAAGGCUUUAUUGUUUCACCACAUCAUAGCGAUGUUACGUAUGAUAAUUUAACGGAUUCUUUGGAAUGUCUCCGACAAGAGGACUUUGACACUGGAUUCGUCGUUUUAUAUUCUAGUGGCGAUUUUCUCGAUUAUAAUGUUCCAUGGAUUGAGAACUUGGAAGAGGAAGGCAUGAAGGUGCAAAUUGUUAUAGCACCAAGCAAUGAUGAAACUCCUGACUCAGUUUUCAACAAAUUCCUUAAUGGUUUGACCCGUAAUAAUCUCACUAUUGACUACUUAUGGAUUGACACUGCCAACAUAGUAGGAAAGUUCCCAGAUUCUAUAAAUCUUCUGAAUGGUCUUGAGGUUUUGGCAGCGAAGAAUAGUAUUGUCGUUGGAAUCAAAACUACAAUAGGUGCUUGGGUAUACGACCUCAACAACCCUAAUUUUGCAUCUUCUAAAAACCAACUCCUUUGGUUGGAUACCUAUAACCCAUCUUUCUCGACUUUCCAACCUUUUGCUGGAUGGGAGUCUGUAUCUGUUUUAACUAGUAACACUAGAACAAGAUGUGUUCUCAACAGCUCUAAUGGAAAACCAUUGAACACUAUUAGCACUCUCUAUCGCCGCGACGAUAUUGAUAAUCAGCUCACACACAACACUGAUGCUCCACCACCUGUACCAUCGGAUGAUCCAGCAAAUGACGGUAGAGGAUUUGUAAUUUCUAUCGAUUCUACUGAUAGUUAUUGGAAAGACUUUGACACUAUUAUCCCAUGCAUCUUGCAAAACUAUGACACCGUAUUCUUAUAUCUUUACAAUGGCGAUAACUACAUUGAUCAAGCCGAAGAUCUCAUUCUCAGAAUUAUCGAAGUUGGAUUGAACGUACAGUUUGUAGUCAAGCCUAAUAGCUCCGGUAAUAACUCCCAUCCUAUGCACGUCGUUGACACCAUAUCAUACCGUUUGAAUAAACUGAAAAUCUACCCAAGUAUGAUAUGGCUUGAUACUUCACUGUUUUCUAUGACUGGUUCGGAUGAUAACAUUCGUUCCCUUAGAAUUUACAACAAUCUCUUCGCUCAACAAGGAAUGCAAGUGCAUAUCACCACAAGACUUCAACAAUGGAAUGAUUACUUCGAUAAUAUCAAGACAUGGUCUUCCAGCGGAAUGUUAUUGUGGGAUGACAAGGAAUUAAUGAAUGAAGCAUCUUACAUUCCUUUCGGUGGAUGGAAAUCAGUAUCUCUUUACACUUAUGUACCAACACACAAUUGCUCCACCAAUGUUGGCUUCUACAGCCUUUACGCAUCAACUUACAAGAAGGAUAGAUUUGAUUUCUCUUUAGAUCCUCACACGCUUAAACCUGUAACUUUCCCUGUUACCAGCACUGUUGCAACCCCUGCACCUAACGGUAGAGGUAUCGUCAUUAAAACCACUGGAGAUGAUUAUGAAGAUCUUCAUGCCGAUGUGAAAUGCUAUGUAGAGAAUAAGUACCAAACUCUCUUCCUCUAUGUGUUGAAAGACAAUGUGAUUAGUACACAACUUCUGGAUAUGCUGAAUAUUAUUCCAUCGUUCCCUUUGAAUGUUCAAUUUGUUAUCCAGCCAGUGUUUGUAAAUCCAACCGCCGAGCCUACUCUUGUUAUCACCAAGCUUGUCGAAGCAAUUAAUUCAUUCGGUUAUAACCCACAAUACUUCUGGAUAGAUGUAUCGGCUGCUGGUGGAAACCCAAAAAGCGAUGAUAAUGUUGCUCUGUUACAAACUUAUCUAUCUGUGCUACAAACCUUCAGAAUUGACUUCGGAAUUGUUAGCGAUCCUGAUCUCUGGACGAAAUCCAUGGGAGGCUAUAGAGGUUUGGGAAGUAAAUUGCUAUGGGACGAUUCUAAUUUGAGCGAUUUCGGUAAUUUCACACCUUUUGGAGACUGGAAAGACGUUGCCGUUUAUUCGCACCCUUACACUGGACUCUCUUGUCCAGAUGUUAAAACUACCUUUUCAUACGGAGAUGCAUUCUAUCGUGGUUCGGAGUUGAACUUCAAUCUUCCUCCUGUCUCUACUGUAGCUCCACCACCAACCAACGGAGGAUCAUCAUCUUCAGUGGCAGCCACUACACCCGCAUCAGCUACAACACCAGAGGUUCACACCUCAACGAAAAAGACUGCUUCUUCAGUAUUCUCAUUCUUAUGCCUGAGUCUUCCACUUCUUCGUUUACUAUAA